GAGGAAAGGCAGCAUGAUCUCUUAUGUAGCCGCAGCUGUGCUUCUAGCAUUUGGGCUAGCUCUCCUCUCCAUCUGGAAGUUUGCAGGGGGAAAACCUAGGGGAGCCAAGUACCCCAAUAGUCUUCCAUGCUUACCUUUCAUUGGGAGUUUACUGCAUCUUGCAAGUCACCUUGCUCCACAUAUUCUAUUUAAUAAGUUGCAAGAAAAAUAUGGCAGUCUCUACUCCUUCAAAAUGGGUUCCCAUUACAUUGUGAUCGUCAAUCACCAUGAACAUGCCAAAGAGGUGCUUUUGAAGAAGGGGAAAACAUUUGGUGGGAGACCACGUGCUGUGACAACGGAUCUAUUGACGAGAAACGCAAAAGACAUUGCCUUUGCCGACUACAGCCCAACCUGGAAGUUUCACCGCAAGUUAGUGCACGCAGCGCUGUCCAUGUUUGGAGAGGGCACUGUCGCCAUCGAGAAGAUCAUUUCACGUGAAGCGGCAUCUCUGUGCCAGACGCUGAUUACUUUUCAGGGCAGUCCCCUGGACAUGGCACCAGAGCUGACACGGGCAGUCACCAAUGUUGUUUGUGCUCUGUGCUUCAAUGCAAGAUACAAAAGAUGUGACCCAGAAUUCGAGGAAAUGCUGGCUUACAGUAAAGGCAUUGUGGAUACAGUUGCAAAGGAUAGUCUGGUUGAUAUAUUUCCAUGGCUUCAGAUAUUUCCAAACAAAGACCUGGAGAUACUGAAGAGGUCAGUGGCCAUCAGAGAUAAACUUCUGCAGAAAAAGCUGAAGGAACAUAAAGAGGCGUUUUGCGGCGAGGAAGUAAAUGAUUUGUUGGAUGCUCUUCUAAAAGCGAAGCUCAGCAUGGAGAACAACAACAGCAAUAUUUCCCAGGAGGUCGGACUGACUGAUGAUCAUCUCCUAAUGACUGUCGGGGAUAUAUUUGGGGCAGGAGUGGAAACAACUACUACCGUACUGAAAUGGGCCGUAGCCUAUUUAUUGCAUUAUCCAAAGGUUCAGGCUAAAAUCCAGGAGGAGCUUGAUGUGAAGGUCGGGUUUGGGAGACACCCCGUGCUGAGUGACAGGAGAAUUCUGCCCUAUUUGGAUGCAACAAUCUCUGAAGUUUUGCGCAUUCGCCCUGUAGCGCCGCUGCUCAUCCCUCAUGUAGCUCUGCAUGAGUCUAGCAUUGGCGAAUACACCAUUCCACAAGAUGCCCGUGUGGUUAUAAACCUUUGGUCCCUGCAUCAUGACCCUAACGAAUGGGAAAACCCUGAAGAAUUUAUUCCAGACCGUUUCUUGGACGAAAAUGGAAACCAUCUCUACACCCCCUCCCAAAGUUACCUGCCCUUUGGAGCUGGAAUUCGAGUCUGCCUUGGGGAAGCCUUGGCAAAAAUGGAGAUCUUCCUCUUCCUGUCAUGGAUUCUGCAGAGGUUUACUCUGGAAGUUCCAGCGGGAGAUAGCCUGCCAGACCUGGAUGGAAAGUUUGGUGUGGUCCUUCAGGUCAAAAAAUUUAGGGUCACAGCCAAGUUGAGGGAGGUCUGGAAAAACAUAGAUUUGACCACAUAAAGCAGAACAACUUAAAUGAUUUUUCUUCUAGGAGGUGAUAAUGAAGGGGAGAGAAAGAUAAAUCAGUAUGCAAAGGCAAAUUUUGCUAGAGAAAGGCAUGUCUUUAUAAUUCCAUUGGACACUUAGAUGCUUUCAAAGGGGAAGUAUCUUCUUUUUAAUCUCACAAAAGCACAUAUGCGUUAUACAGUAUGUUUGCACCAGUAAUGCAGUACUCUCCCUCUCUUUAUUUCUCUUUUUACACCCCACCUUUUUUUAAAAAAAUAUCAUAGGGAAAAUGAGGGCACUGCAAGUUUCCCUUUACUAUACUGUGGUGUAACUACUGGGGGACUGGGACUGCUGCAGCCACAGUUACAGGUGCAGAUUCAGGUACAGGUGCAGGUAUGGAGGGGGGCUUGGGUGUAGAUACUGCAUCCAGAGCCAUAAAGGUUUAGUUGUGUUACUGCUGUUCCUCUAUUGCCACCUCAUCCUGACACAGUUAUGUUUUACUAUACAUAUGAUCAAAGCAGCGAUAAAUAAAUCUGUGGAGGAAAAACUGCUGCUUUUGAGGGAAAUGAAAUGCAGGAGUUUGGGCUAUUUUUCCCUUCUGGCUGCACCUUGAUAGCUCUGACUUCAACAGCUAAAAGUAAAGGUCAAACCCCCUUGACUGGAAGUCAUGAUAAUUACUCCGUUGUGUGUAUGCUUUGUCACAGGGUGCCAGGACACACCUUAUACCAAUCACCCACCUUAGACUUCUCUCUCCUUUCUGUAGCACAUUCACUUCUGCCCCCAUGUGUUGUAUAGAGUUCUCAUUUGUAAUAUAGUUGUAAUAAAUAAACCUUUGUCAGAUGUCA